AUGAGGUUCACACUCUGUCUUCUGGUAGUUCUCUUUGGAGUUGCAUUGACAUUUCCAACAAAAGGAGGAAAGAGAAAAGGGCCACGUCCAGGGGAGAAUGAAUUGUUAGAAGAUCUACGUGAGUUAUUGACGGAGAGUGAAAGUGGUUACAAUCAAAGACAGAGGCCUCCUUCUGGUGAUGAAGAUUCUAAAGAGGGACAAAGAGAGGGAGGGCCUGGAGGACAACGAGAAAGUCAGGAUGAAGAAGGCAAUCGAAGAGGUCGACGACCUGGUGGUAAAGGUAGAGAAGAUCAAGAAAAGAGGGAAGAGAGUGAAGGCGAUAACAAACGAAGACCAAGACCUCCUUCUGGUGAUGAAGAUUCUAAAGAGGGACAAAGAGAGGGAGGGCCUGGAGGACAACGAGAAAGUCAGGAUGAAGAAGGCAAUCGAAGAGGUCGACGACCUGGUGGUAAAGGUAGAGAGGAUCAAGAAAAGAGGGAAGAGAGUGAAGGCGAUAACAAACGAAGACCAAGACCUCCUUCUGGUGAUGAAGAUUCUAAAGAGGGACAAAGAGAGGGAGGGCCUGGAGGACAACGAGAAAGUCAGGAUGAAGAAGGCAAUCGAAGAGGUCGACGACCUGGUGGUAAAGGUAGAGAAGAUCAAGAAAAGAGGGAAGAGAGUGAAGGCGAUAACAAACGAAGACCAAGACCUCCUUCUGGUGAUGAAGAUUCUAAAGAGGGACAAAGAGAGGGAGGGCCUGGAGGACAACGAGAAAGUCAGGAUGAAGAAGGCAAUCGAAGAGGUCGACGACCUGGUGGUAAAGGUAGAGAAGAUCAAGAAAAGAGGGAAGAGAGUGAAGGCGAUAACAAACGAAGACCAAGACCUCCUUCUGGUGAUGAAGAUUCUAAAGAGGGACAAAGAGAGGGAGGGCCUGGAGGACAACGAGAAAGUCAGGAUGAAGAAGGCAAUCGAAGAGGUCGACGACCUGGUGGUAAAGGUAGAGAGGAUCAAGAAAAGAGGGAAGAGAGUGAAGGCGAUAACAAACGAAGACCAAGACCUCCUUCUGGUGAUGAAGAUUCUAAAGAGGGACAAAGAGAGGGAGGGCCUGGAGGACAACGAGAAAGUCAGGAUGAAAAAGGCAAUCGAAGAGGUCGACGACCUGGUGGUAAAGGUAGAGAGGAUCAAGAAAAGAGGGAAGAGAGUGAAGGCGAUAACAAACGAAGACCAAGACCUCCUUCUGGUGAUGAAGAUUCUAAAGAGGGACAAAGAGAGGGAGGGCCUGGAGGACAACGAGAAAGUCAGGAUGAAGAAGGCAAUCGAAGAGGUCGACGACCUGGUGGUAAAGGUAGAAAAGAUCAAGAAAAGAGGGAAGAGAGUGAAGGCGAUAACAAACGAAGACCAAGACCUCCUUCUGGUGAUGAAGAUUCUAAAGAGGGACAAAGAGAGGGAGGGCCUGGAGGACAACGAGAAAGUCAGGAUGAAGAAGGCAAUCGAAGAGGUCGACGACCUGGUGGUAAAGGUAGAGAGGAUCAAGAAAAGAGGGAAGAGAGUGAAGGCGAUAACAAACGAAGACCGAGACCUCCUUCUGGUGAUGAAGAUUCUAAAGAGGGACAAAGAGAGGGAGGGCCUGGAGGACAACGAGAAAGUCAGGAUGAAGAAAGCAAUCGAAAAGGUUCACGACGGGGUGGUCAAGGUGACAACGAGGAGGGCGGAAAGAGGAAAAAAAGGCCACAAAAAGACGAGGAGGAGCGUGCAUUGCUGGAGGAACUACGUGAGGUAAUGAGGGAAAAGGAAGAGAAUUCAGCAGGAGAACGUUCAAAAGAUGAUGGGAAAGGAGGUAGACGCCAAAGACCAGCCAAGAAUGGGGGACAGGACGAAGAAGGUCAGAGACGAGAACAAGUUCGAGGCAGAGAAGAUGGCGAAGGAGACAGACGACGACCAUCUGGUGAAGGAAGAGGACCACAGAAAGAGGGAGAUGAUCAAGAAAGGGUACCACGAUGGAGGAAAAUGUUCAAUGACUUGUUUUAA